AUGACACGCGACUCAACAGCCACAUACCUGCACAUGCACGCGUCGCACCACGCCGACCUCCUCGAACAAUUCACAAACCUAACCUCCUCCCAGCUCUCCCCAGAAGACAUAUACAUCCCCCCACACCUACAGCCUGUCAAUCCAGAAGACGAAGACGACGUUGUGCCAGACCAGCACGCUGCAUUCGGGAUCCAGCGCGCGACGCAGGCCAAGAAGGAGCCGACGUGGCGGGAUCUGGGGCUGGACGAUUUGCUGAGGAGGGGACCUGCGGGAGAGGCGAGGAGCGGUGGUGCGGCGGGGGUUGCGAGCGGUGGUGCAAGUGAGGAGCCCGUGAGAUUGGCGUUGGCGAGACAGCCGGGGCCGAGGUCCGGGGUGAGGAUGGCGCAGAGCGGUGCUGGGGUGAGUAGUGCGGGUGGCAGUGCUGGGAAUGGGCUACCGCGCUGA